UAAUCACUCUUGCAGAUGUGCUGACUGUGAAGUUGCAACUGAAUUUCUUGCUGUAACAAACCAGUAUUAAUAGGAAGUGAUGUCAGCACAUGACCAGCCCUCUAGAUCAGCUGACCAGAAAUAUAUUAUCACUAACUGAUAGUUCAGCACAUUCGGCUAUAAAGAAGGAGCGAAUAGCCUCAGGAGUAUAAAAGCUAAUCUCUCCAAGUUUAAAGUUCUCUUCAUUCGGUUGAGCAGCAAAAGAGGAAGGGAGAAAAGAGCUUUACGAGAUGGGGAAGAAACGGAAAUUUAGUUUUUUGGAGAUGGUUUUCAUUGUGCUAUUUCUAAUGAUGACAAUCAUAUCAAUAGCUUUUAUUGUGCUUUUUGCAACAGGACACUCAGGAACAAAGCCUGGAGAAACACCCCUAUUUGUACCUCAAUGUCCAGCCACAUCUCAAAAUGAACGUAUAGAUUGUUUUCCAGAUGGAGUGGCAUCUGAGGCUGCCUGCAAACAACGAGGCUGUUGCUGGAGCCCCUUUAAUGAAACCCAUAUCCCAUGGUGUUAUUUUUCAAAAAGUCAUGGAUAUAACGUUCUUGGUUCCUGGGAAAAAACCCCACAAGGGUUCAGAGCUGAUCUGAAAAGAGUCAAUUUUCCAACUUUAUUUGGGGGCGACAUAGAAGCUUUAAAGUUGACUGCUGAAAUGCAAUCCAAAAAUCGUUUUCGGUUCAAGAUCACAGAUGCUAAAAAACAACGAUUUGAAGUCCCCCAUGAACAUGUUAAAAGUUUUACUGGAACAGAAGAACAAAACCCAAAUUAUAAUGUUGAAUUAGCAAACAGUCCCUUUGGAAUUAAAGUUUCAAGGAAAUCACCAACAGCCAGAGUCCUAUUUGAUACUACCAUAGGACCACUCAUUUACGCUGACCAAUACUUACAAUUGUCCAUCAAACUACCUAGCAGCAAUAUUUAUGGCUUAGGCGAACAUGUUCACCGACAAUAUAAGCAUGAUAUGAACUGGAGAAGGUGGCCUAUAUUUACCAGAGAUUGGUUUCCCAACGGAGAUGGAUUCAAUUUAUAUGGUGCACAGACAUUUUUCCUCUGUUUGGAGGAUGAAACAGGAGCAUCCUUUGGUGUCUUUUUAAUGAACAGCAAUGCAAUGGAAGUAAUAAUUCAGCCUACACCAGCAGUAACCUAUAGAACAAUUGGAGGAAUCCUGGACUUUUAUGUAUUCAUUGGCAACAAUCCAGAAGAAGUUGUAAUGGAGUAUCUAGAGUUUAUUGGAAAACCAUACAUGCCUGCAUAUUGGACUCUCGGGUUCCAUCUCAGUCGAUGGGGCUACAAAUCACUUGAUGAAGUAAAGGACGUAGUUCAAAGAAACCGAGCAAUUAAUAUUCCAUAUGACGUUCAAUUUACUGACAUCGACUACAUGGAAAAUAGAAAGGAUUUCACUUAUGACAAAGAAAAAUUUGCAGAUCUUCCAAACUUUUCUAAAAACCUGCAUGCCAAUGGUCAAAAAUAUAUCAUCAUAUUGGAUCCUGCCAUCUCCAAUCAAAAACUAGUAGGUGAUCUACCGUAUGAAGCAUAUGAAAGAGGACAAGCCCUUGGUGUGUGGGUAAAUGAAUCUGAUGGGCGAACCCCCCUUGUUGGAGAGGUCUGGCCUGGAGUUACUGUAUUUCCUGAUUAUACUAAUGAGGAGUGUACAAAGUGGUGGGUGAAUGAAUGCCUGGAAUUUUAUAAGCAAGUCAAUUAUGAUGGAAUUUGGAUUGAUAUGAAUGAGGUCUCCAGCUUUGUCAAAGGAUCACAAAAGGGAUGUUCUUCUGGCAAUUUGAACUAUCCUCCAUACACACCUGCAAUUUUGGAUCGCGUAAUGUAUUCAAAGACGCUCUGUAUGGACGCACGGCAAGCUUGGGGCUCCCAUUAUGAUGUACAUAGUUUGUAUGGAUAUUCCAUGGUCCUUUCUACAGAAGAAGCCAUCAAAGCUGUUUUCCCUGGAAAAAGAAGCAUCAUUUUUUCUCGAUCUACUUUUGCUGGAUCAGGCAAACACUCAGGACAUUGGCUUGGAGAUAAUGCUGCCAACUGGAAUGAUAUUAAAUGGGCUAUACCAGGAAUGCUUGAAUUCAGUCUUUUUGGAAUACCUUAUAUUGGUGCAGACAUUUGUGGCUUCUUUGAUGAUUCCUCUGAAGAGCUAUGCAGACGAUGGAUGCAAGUUGGGGCAUUUUAUCCAUUUGCUAGAAACCACAAUGCUGAGAAUUACAAGGCACAAGACCCUGCUUCCUAUGGAGCAGAUUCUCUUCUUGUUCAGUCAUCAAGGCAUUAUCUAAACAUCCGAUACACACUGCUUCCAUACCUUUACACUCUGUUCUACAAAGCACACACUAUCGGAGAAACUGUGGUGAGGCCAGUACUUCAUGAAUUCUAUUCUGAUCCUGAAACCUGGGCAAUAGACAGACAAUUCUUAUGGGGACCAGGCCUUCUUAUAACACCUGUUCUUGAUGCGAAUUCUGAAAUUGUCAGUGCCUACAUUCCUGAUGCCGUGUGGUAUGAUUAUGAAACUGGUUCAAAGAGUGAAUUCAGGAAACAGCAUGUGAACAUGUCUCUCCCAGCAGACAAACUUGGACUUCAUCUCAGAGGAGGUUAUAUAUUUCCUACUCAGCAACCAGAUGUUACUACUGAAGCCAGUCGAAAAAAACCUCUUGGCCUGAUAGUUGCACUGGAUGAUGCCAAUAGUGCCCAUGGAGAGUUCUUCUGGGAUGAUCUAGAAUCUAGAGGUACCAUAGAAUUGGGCAAAUAUAUUUUAUAUCAUUUUUCAGUUUCCAAUAACAUCCUAACUCUGCACGCAGCAACAUCAGAAUAUGCUGACCCCAAUAACCUAAAGUUUGAUGAAAUCAAAAUUUAUGGACUUAACCGAGGAACUCUAAAUGUCACAGUAAAGCAAAACGGUGUUGUCCAGCCUGUUACUCCUUCUUUUAGUUUUAAUAAUUACAAGGUGCUACAUAUAACAGGACUACAGCUGACACUUGGACAGUCUUUCACUGUGGAAUGGGAUCAACUGGGUCUUGAAGUAAUUCCAGACAGUGAAAAGUUUGAUUGCCACCCUGCACCUAAUGCUAAUGAAAACAGUUGUGUCAACCUUGGCUGCAUCUGGCAGCCAUCAAAUGUCCCUGGCAUUCCAUAUUGUUAUUAUCCAGAUGAUUACGGCUAUGUUAUUGAUGAUGAACAGAUCACGGAUAACGGAAUCAUUCUAAAUAUCUCCCUGCCUGCUGGACUACGACAACGAUACACACAAUCCAAAGCAAUCACAAACCUUUCUCUUGUAGCUACAUUUCAUGAAAAUCACAUGCUACAGUUUAAGAUCUUUGAUCCCAAUCAAAAAAGAUAUGAAGUUCCGAUACCGCUGAACAAGCCAAGCCAGGCAAGCAGCACAAACGAUGGGCGUCUUUAUGAAGUUCAAACUCUUAAGGGCAGGCCAUUUGGACUUCGUAUCAUUCGGAAAAGCAAUCGUGCUGUUAUUUGGGAUUCGAAGUUGCCAGGAAUGACGUUUGAAGAUAUGUUUCUUCAGAUUUCCACCAGGCUUCCAUCAAAUUAUGUAUUUGGAUUGGGAGAAACUGAACAUCCAAAAUACCGUCAUGAAACAAAUAGAAAAACUAUAGGUCUAUUUGCUAAAGAUCAGCCUCCUGGGUACCAUAUUAAUUCAUAUGGAGUUCAUCCAUUUUAUAUGGGAUUAGAUAAUGAUGGAAAUGCUCAUGGAGUCCUUUUACUCAACAGCAAUGCUAUGGAUGUGACUUUACAAGAGACCCCAGCAAUAACAUUCCGCACUAUAGGAGGAAUUCUGGAUUUUUAUGUAGUUUUGGGUCCCGAGCCAGAGACAGUUGUGAAGCAAUACACACAACUCAUUGGACGCCCUGUUAUGCCAGCCUACUGGUCACUUGGAUUUCAGUUGUGUCGCUAUGGAUACGAAAAUGACUCAGAAAUCUCUGACCUAUAUGAUAAUAUGAAACAUGCUCAAAUACCAUAUGAUGUGCAGUAUGCUGACAUUGACUAUAUGGAGCGACAGAUGGACUUUACCCUAGGUCAAAGCUUCCAAGGACUUCCAAAUCUGGUUGACAAAAUUAGAGGAGAAGGAAUGAAAUUUAUUAUACUUUUGGAUCCUGCCAUUGCAGGAAAUGAAACCAAGCCUUAUCCAGCCUUUGACAGAGGUGUGCAAGAUGAUGUGUUCAUCAAAUGGCCAGAUUCAAAUGACAUAGUGUGGGGAAAGGUCUGGCCAGACUUGCCUGAUGUUGUUGUUGAUAAUACUCUGGACUGGGAUACACAAGUACAGUUGUAUAGGGCUCAUGCAGCAUUCCCAGACUUUUUUCUUGAGAGGACAGCAAAAUGGUGGUACAGAGAAAUUGAAGAAUUCCGAAAAAAUUAUAUUAGGUUUGAUGGACUCUGGAUAGAUAUGAAUGAACCAGCUAGCUUUGUACACGGAUCUGUAAAUGGUUGCAGAAAUAACGCCUUGAACUUCCCUCCAUAUAUGCCAGCAUUAAGCGACCGUGACAAAGGAUUACUAUAUAAGACAUUAUGCAUGGAAAGUCGACAACACCUGCCUGAUGGAACUCCUGUGGACCACUAUAAUGUCCACAAUUUAUAUGGAUGGUCACACUCAAAACCAACAUAUGAUGCUCUGCGCAACAUCACAGGAGAACGUGGAAUAGUUGUCACUCGUUCUACAUAUCCUUCGUCUGGACAGUGGGUAGGACAUUGGCUUGGAGAUAACACUGCUGCUUGGAAUCAGAUUGAUAAAUCUAUUAUCGGCAUGUUGGACUUUAGCCUUUUUGGUAUUUCAUAUACUGGAGCGGACAUUUGUGGAUUUUUUCAAAAUUCUACUUAUGAAUUAUGCGCUCGCUGGAUGGAACUAGGAGCAUUUUACCCAUUUUCAAGAAAUCAUAAUGGAAUCGGAUGGAGGAGGCAAGAUCCAGUCAGUUGGGAUUCAAACUUUGAAGAUUUAUCAAGGAACGUCCUGAAUAUCAGAUAUACACUUUUGCCUUACUUGUACACUUUACUAUUUGAAGCUCAUACUACAGGUUCCACUGUAGUGAGACCAUUACUGCAUGAAUUCAUUGAAGAUAAGAAAUCCUGGGAUAUUUACGAACAAUUUCUAUGGGGAGCAGCAUUCAUGAUCAGCCCUGUACUUAGGGAGGGAGAAAAGACUGUGAACAUCUAUUUUCCAAACACAGUUUGGUACGAUUACCACACAGGCAUUUUAGUAGAAAACCCCGGUAGCAAUAAAACACUGCAAGCACCAAUAGAACACAUUAAUCUUCAUGUAAGAGGUGGCCACAUUUUACCACAGCAAACUCAUGCUUUCAAUACAAAUCAAAGUCGAUUAAAUCCAAUGAAACUUCUUGUUGCUUUGGAUGCCCAAGGAAAUGCUCAUGGAAAUCUUUUCUGGGAUGACGGUAAAAGUAUUGACUCAAUUGAACAUGGGAUCUAUACUAUGUAUGAAUUUCAUGCUACCUCUCGUUCCAUAAACUUAACAGUCACGCAUGGCAACUACACGGACCCAAAUCACCUAAUAUUUAAUGAAAUCAAAAUACUUGGAGUAUCAAACCCCAUUUUCAGCUUGCAUGUGAAAAAAGAUGAUGUGCUCCAACCUUCUUCCCAUAGUAUUGCUUAUGACCCAAAUACUAAGGUUGCUCAUAUAACUAGUCUUAACCUGCUGUUUGGAGAAUCAUAUAGCCUUGAAAUCAAUAAUGAUAUGUACAGGAUCGAAUGUUACCCUGAAGAAGGUGUUAGCAAAGAAAAUUGUGAAAAACGUGGAUGCAUUUAUGCAGAACCUAUUGGUAUAAGAAUUCCAUCCUGUUUCUAUCCAAGUUCUUUUGGUUAUAAUGUUGCCAAUGUGAGAGUCACUUCAACAGGAAUGACAGCCGAUCUAUACAUUGCACAGCAGUUUCAACGUUAUGACAUCUCUCCUCCAAUAGCUCAUCUUAGAUUAACUGUAAUAUUUCAUGAAAAUGAAAUGGUUCAAUUUAAGAUACAUGAUCCCAACAAUAAACGAUAUGAAGUCCCUGUGCCAAUAAAUACACCAAGCACACCAACAAGUACAGAACAAGGAAGACUGUAUGACGUUGAGGUUGUUGAUAAUCCUUUUGGAAUUCACAUCAUAAGAAAAAAUACUGGAACAGUAGUUUGGAAUUCUCAGGUUGCUGGAUUCACCUUCUCAGACAUGUUUAUUCAGAUAUCAAAUCUAUUGCCCUCACAUUAUAUCUAUGGAUUUGGAGAAACAGAACACCCUCAAUACCGUAUCGAUCUGAACUGGCACACCUGGGGUUAUUUUGCCAAAGAUCAGCCCCCUGGUUAUAAAGAAAAUGCCUAUGGUGUCCAUCCUUUCUAUAUGGGCCUAGAAAAUGAAGGCAACGCUCAUGGAGUGUUCCUGCUUAACAGCAAUGCCAUGGAUAUAACAGUGCAACCAACUCCAGCUUUAACUUAUCGCACAAUUGGUGGAAUUUUAGACUUUUUUGUUGUACUGGGUCCAACACCAGAGAUGGUUGUCCAGCAAUACACUAAACUUGUAGGACGACCUGUCAUGCCAGCUUAUUGGGCUCUUGGAUUCCAGUUGUGUCGUUAUGGGUAUAAGAACGAUAGUGAAAUUGAACAAGUAUAUAAUGACAUGGUGGCAGCUCAAAUACCAUAUGAUGUACAGUAUGCGGACAUUGAUUACAUGGAAAGACAAAUGGACUUCACUUUAGGUAAAGACUUCCAGAGACUUCCUGAUAUAUUUGAUAGCAUCCGAACACAGGGAAUGAAAGUCAUCAUCAUGUUGGAUCCAGCUAUUGCCGCAAAUGAGACCGAACCAUACCCUGCUUUCACAAAAGGAAGGGACCAAGACGUCUUCAUAAAAUGGGACAACGAAAGUGACAUUGUAUGGGGCAAGGUCUGGCCAGAUUUACCUGGUGUACAAGUAAAUACUUCACUUGGUUGGGAUGAGCAAGUUCAACUUUACAGAGCUCAUGUAGCAUUCCCAGACUUUUUCAAGAAUGUCACAGCAGAAUGGUGGAAGCAAGAAGUGAAAGAUUUCAGAGACAAGUAUAUUAGAUUUGAUGGUCUAUGGAUUGAUAUGAAUGAACCUGCGAGCUUUGUGCAUGGAUCUGUCAUUGGUUGCAGAAACCAAACUCUGAACAAACCUCCCUACAUGCCAGCCUUGAAUUCGAAAAGCGAAGGACUACAGCAUAAGACUAUCUGCAUGGACAGCCAACAGAUCCUCCCAGAUGGCACCCCAGUGAGACAUUAUGAUGUUCAUAACCUGUAUGGAUGGUCCCAUGCUAAGCCUACAUUUGAUGCUCUGCGCAAUUUAACUGGAAAGAGAGGCAUUGUUGUCAGUCGUUCUACGUAUCCAACAGUUGGACAGUGGGUAGGACAUUGGCUUGGAGAUAACACUGCUGCCUGGAAUCAAAUUGAUAAAUCUAUUAUUGGUAUGAUGGAGUUUAGUCUUUUCGGCAUAUCUUAUACUGGUGCAGACAUUUGUGGAUUCUUUGGUGACACUACGUAUGAAUUGUGUGCUCGAUGGAUGCUACUUGGUGCAUUUUAUCCUUAUUCUAGGAACCAUAAUGGGAAAGAUUACAUGCGCCAAGAUCCUGUCAGUUUUGAUGACAACUUUAAGAGUAUAUCCAGAAAUGUUCUUAACAUCAGAUACAGACUUCUGCCAUAUUUGUACACACUAAUGUAUGAAGCACAUACCGAAGGCUCUACUGUUAUCCGGCCCCUAUUACAUGAAUUUACAGAUGACAAAGAAACUUGGGAUGUCUACGAGCAGUUCUUAUGGGGACCAGCAUUUAUGAUCAGCCCAGCUCUUAGACUGGGCCAAACAGUGGUAGAUGCCUAUGUACCGAAUGCUCGGUGGUAUGACUACCACACGGGUAAAGUGGUUGGUGAAAGGGGUAAGAAAGUGCAAUUGGAUACUCCUCUUGAAAAAAUUAAUCUUCAUGUUAGAGGUGGACAUAUUAUACCAUGGCAAGAACCUGCAAAUAACACAGUUUACAGCCGUAAAAAAUUGAUGGGACUUCUGGUAGCCCUGGAUGAUAAUGAAACAGCUCAUGGCAAUCUCUUCUGGGAUGAUGGAGAAAAUAUAGAUAUGACAAGUUAUUUUAUGGGAACAUUCACGGCUGAAAAGAAAACUGUAAAAUGUGAGAUAAAGUCAAAUAAUUAUCUAUCACUAACAAAUCCCCUAUAUCUCGGACAUGUCUAUAUUUGGGGCCCUGGAACAAAUGCAAGUAGUGUUUCGGUUACACAUAAUAGUACAAAUGAAAUCAUUACAACUUUUACAGUAAAUGAUGAGGUUCUGGAAAUCCACUUACUAAACAAACUGUACAAUUUAGCCAAUAAUAUUACGGUUACAUGGUCAUAAAUGAGAUCUAAAAGCUUGCACUUGAGGAGUAUUUUAUAAUUAAUCUCUGCUUUUUGAAAGAUUUUUUUCUAUAAUACAUUCAAUAUCUUUGAAAAGGAAUAAAAUGCGUCACUUUGACAAAAUAAAUAUUCUGUUAUUGUCUAAUA